AUGUCGAAGCUCCCAAACACCCCUUUCACCGGAGCAACUCCCGCAGAAAUUGAUUUGACCGGCACAUUAGCUAUUGCACUGAUGACAAUGGGCACACCCUUCAGCACAGCAUGGACAAAGCAAUACUCUCCUCGAGCGGUUGUAUUGUGCGGUGGAGUGAUGUCCUCUGUGGCACUGAUACUGGCAAGCUUCAGUCAGGCGCUUUGGCAAUUCAUCGUCACUCAGGGUCUCCUCCUGGGUCUGGCCAUGGGAGUCAUCCUAGCUGGAACAGGAGUAGGAGGUGUCGUCUGGCCACUUGCUUUUCGCGGCUUGAUUCAGCGCGUUGGAUUCCGGAAUACUCUCCGCAUUACUGCCUGUAUCUCCUUUGUGAUGAUUUGGAUAUCCGGGGUAUUCAUGAAGUGGCCUGCUAGCCAAAUAACGCGCAUCCAGACUGAAAAUGCUGCAAGCUCCCGAUCCUCGAGCUUCUUCCGGAUCCCAUUGGUGGACUGGUGUGUUGUACGCACAUGCAAGUUUGCAGCGCAUGCCUUAGGUGCCGCACUUCAGUCUGCGGCAUGCUAUACACCUGUGUUCUUCUUCGCAUCUUGCGCUCGUACCCUCGGAUACUCUACCACAGCAUCAGCCAACUUCAUCGCUAUUUCCAACGCUGCCAAUGCACUCGGGAAGAUUGUUAUCGGUUAUGCUGCUGAUCGGUUUGGGCGGCUCAACACACUCUUUCUGACGACAUUGCUCUCCGCAAUUUCCGUGCUGGCGCUGUGGCUUCCCUCGUCCAUGUCAGCAUCGCAGUCAACGGGAAGCACACUGUUCAUUCUGUUCGCUAUAUUCUAUGGAACAUUUGCUACUGCUUAUGUCUCAUUGUUCCCCACAAGCCUGGUGGAGCUUUUCGAAGUUCAAAACUUUGUCAGUGUUAACGGCGCACUUUACAUGAUUCGAGGUCUUGCGACGCUUCUAGGUACACAUAUUGCGGGUGUCCUGAUUCGAAGUAACCAGAACUAG